GCGAUAUACCUCGUGAUAUUUGAUAUACUUUGUCUACGGGUGAAAUAACAAUAUCAAAUUACAUCUCGAGGUUUAGGUAAAAGGUCAUACAAUACACGAGUUCCGUCCGAACCUUUUGCUUUUACAGCGGAGGACAGUUGACCGCCCGAAAAUCAAGUGAGAAGAUCUUCAAAUCGAAGGUUGACGAAAUGUCGAUUUUAUACACCGCCGACGAAGUUGCCGAGCACAACGUGGAGAAUGACCUCUGGAUAAUCAUUCAUAACGGUAUUUACAACGUGACGAAAUUUCUAAAGGAGCAUCCGGGAGGCGAAGAAGUUCUGAUAAAUCUUGCCGGGAGCGAUGGUUCCGAUUGUUUCGACGCAAUCGGUCAUUCAACGGAAGCGAUUCAGCUACGCGAGAUGUACAAAAUCGGCGAUUUGGCAGGUGUCGAAGGCGGUGAAAUCAAAGGAAGAGGAGAAUCGGUUUCAUCUACCGACGACGAGAAAAAUCUAAUGGCAUCUCAUACGCAUCGCUCGAACGAUGCCGACCUCGAAGAGCCCUGGGACUACGUGGAACACGAAGAAAAGAGUUCGCCAUGGUUACCGAUCUUUCUAGGCCUCGGUGUCCUCGUCUACGCGAUUAUCUUCUCUUACAUAUUCUAACGGAUUCUACGGUGAAAAGAAUCUAUUUUCCACGUGUUCCGAAACUAUUGUUCGGUACCGUUGACGAAAAAUCCAAGCAGGUACAUUCGAAGAAUGAAAACGAAAGGUUUUAAAUUUAAUCGAAGACACCUUUGACACGACUCGUAAUACAUAUCUUUCGACGAAUCGUAACGAAAUAAGAAAAAACUAGAGCACGAAAAGUUGGAUGACAUAAUGAUAUGCACGCUGCAUGAAUUGAAAGUAGUCGGUCAAUUGUAGAAUUUUAUAGAAUCUAGGUUAAAGUCCAAGCGGUGUGUUUUGUUCGAAAAUCCAUGUACUGCAAUGGCAUUGAAAUUAAAAAUCCGCUCUCAUAAGUGAGAAA